UAUAAAGUAAGAGAUAAAGUUCUGUUUAAUAUUAAGAACCUUAAUACCGGCCGGCCUUACGCUAAAUUUAUACCCCUUUUCGAAGGACCUUUUAACAUCCUUAAAGCGGAUAGUUAUUGGGUAAUACUUAAACUUCUAAUUAAUAUAAAAUAUAACUUAAUAUUCUGA